AUGUCUACGUUCGACGUGGCAACUGGCACCGGUGGGCUCGAUGCAUCCCUCAUGUUCGAGCUUGAGCGGCCUGAGAACACCGGCUCUGCCUUCAACAACACGUUUGCAGCAAUGUGGGAUUUUCUCACGCCUAGAUCCUCAGUCUCUGAUCUUUUGGCUCUCAGCGUUGUGGCUGCAGCGGCAGCGUGUGACGGGCCAAAGAUUCCUUUCCGAGCCGGUCGUAUCGACGCAACUGAAGCAGGACCUGCCGGGGUUCCCAAGCCGGAAGAUGGCCUUGAAACUACGCGCCAAACGUUUAAAAGGGCGGGUUUCAACGAUGAGGACAUGAUUACGAUGGUAGCAUGCGGUCACAGCUUGGGCAACAUACAUAGUGUCGACUUCCCAGAAAUGGUAGCCGGCGAGCCUUCCGAAGAGAACAUCGCUCAUUUCGAUGCUUCUCCGACCAACUUCGACAACGCAGUUGUGACUGAGUAUCUUGAAAACGAGACAGCUAACCCUCUGGUGGUCGGCGCGAACGACACAAUGAACUCGGACAAGCGCAUCUUUGGUUCCGACGGCAACGCUACCAUGUCUUCUCUCUCGGAUCCUCUCACAUUCAAGUCAAAGUGCACCCGAAUCUUUGAGCGCAUGAUCGAUACCGUUCCCGCGUCAGUGACCUUAACAGAGCCACUAGAUAUUGUCGACAUUAAACCUUACGUGGAUCCUCCUCGGCUACAAUCGGACGGCAGCUUGCUGUUUGAAGGGCGCAUCAGAGUACGCAAUAAUGCGGAAACAGGUAUCAACGGUGAUGACCUGGAAGUAUCAUUGAAUUACCUAGAUCGCCAAGGGUCCCCAGACGCAGACGUGAUUGUGGCCAGUCGCGCCCGCAGCAGGGGUGGCCAGUCUUAUGGCUUCUGGGGCAACACGUUCACCUGGUUUGAAUUUUCCAGGUCAAUCAACGCCAGCACUGGAAUCAGCAAUUUCAACAUUCUGCUCAAGACAACUUCUACCGGUACAACAUCCAUUCUUGAUAAUUCAAACACUGGUGGAUAUCCUGUGGAUUCCAACUUUCUGUACCAACAAACAGAUUCAUGCAUCACAGGAACCGGGGUGGCCGCCAGGCUGCAUGCAGCGCAAAACUUUGGAGACGCAGAACUCGGGUGCGUGUGGUUCGAUGCGCAUGAUUAUUUCAACACGCCAGAUACUGUCAUGAGCGGCUAUUUCGACUCGAUGCCCAUUUCCAUGCUAGCGGGACAAUGCUUGAAAGGAAUGCUGGAGACUGUUCCCGGACAUCGCUCAAUUAGCUUGGAGCGUCUGGUGCACGUGGGAAUGAGAGAUGUGAACCGCUUGGAGCGAGCACGGGUGGGAGAGGCCGGGUUCGACGUGAUUUAG